UGAAGUGUAUUAGGCACCUGUCUGAGCGUAUAUCUAGACUAUAUAUAUAUAGAGAGAGAGAGAGAAGAUGGGGAGACAGCCAUGUUGUGACAAAGUAGGGUUGAAGAAAGGGCCAUGGACUGCUGAGGAAGACAAGAAGCUCAUCAACUUCAUCCUCACCAAUGGCCACUGCUGUUGGAGAACUCUUCCCAAACUUUCUGGACUGUUGAGGUGUGGCAAAAGCUGCAGAUUAAGAUGGAUAAAUUAUUUGAGACCUGAUUUGAAAAGAGGUCUUUUAUCAGAAUGUGAAGAACAGAUGGUCAUUGAUCUUCAUGCCCAACUUGGCAAUAGAUGGUCAAAGAUUGCCUCUCAUUUACCAGGAAGAACUGAUAAUGAAAUAAAGAACCAUUGGAACACACACAUAAAGAAAAAACUAAGGAAGAUGGGUAUUGACCCUAUGACCCAUAAGCCUCUCCCUGAACAAGACGGUUCACAACAAGCUCAAGGGAGCAGGAGUUUAGAGCCUCAUGAUGACAAGAACACAAAACAAGAAGAUAAACAAACUAAAGAAAAACAAGAACACCAUCAAUUAGGGAUACAUUUGGACAAGAGCAACACAACAAUUUCUACUGAUGAUGGGUUUUGCAUCGAUGAAGUCCCGUUGCUAGAUCCACAUGAGAUAUUACUGGACAUGUCUUUUGCUCAUCAUAAUACUAGUGCUGAAAAUGCUCACAUUAACAUUAGUAACUCCACUUCUCCUUCUUCCUCUUCCUCUUCUACCGCGUCGGGUAUAUCAUCAGUACCGGGUGAGGAGUUCUCGAAGUUUCUUGAGGAAAUGGAGAUUAUUGACCUCAAGUGGCUCUCAUCCGAUCAUUCGUCAGGGGAUAAUAUUAUUUAUAAAGACGCCAAGUUGGACAACAAUGUUGAUACGAUGAACUUGUGGGACAUCAAUUAUUUGAGCAGCUUGGAAUUGUUUAUGAAUGAUCAUGAUGAUGAUUUUGUUGGAAGCGGAUGUUCAAGAAUGGUUUAGAUCAAUAUUCAUGAACAUUUUACUCUCAGUUUUCUUUUUCAUGUUGUUUUUAAUUAUUUCUUCUUGUUUGUUUUCGAAGUGGGCGAUUUGGAUUUGGCCUUGGUGUUGCAAUUUAGUGGACUAUUAGGUGUAAGAUACAUAUGUAAUAAAGAUUGCAAUUGUGAACAUACUUUUUUCAGUUGA